CUUUUCCACCAUUCGUAACUCUUACAAACAAACGUGCGAACCAGAAACUCUCAUCAACUUGUCCUUCUUUUAAUCCUCCCUUCUUCUUCGCCAUGAUCAUGAUCUUUGAUUCCUUCACAAAACAUUAAACCCCAAACCCCAGAUGAUCUAACUGAAAACUUCAGACCCAUGUCAAAAGUUUCAGUCUUUUUCGAGUUCUAGAUUUUACGUGCUACACAAGCAAAGCUGGUGAUGGUUGAGGUUCCUGGUUCUGUGGGCACAAGUGCAAGCCUUUCCUUGAGAUUAGGUCAAACGCUGUUAGCAUUUGGCGCACUUCUCUUCAUGACCAUCGGUGUUCGGUUCUACCAAUUCACAGCUUUCUGCUACUUGGUGACGAUCAUGGCUUUAGCUAUACCAUGGAAUCUGACACUAGCAAUGGUAGAUAUCUAUUGUGUUCUUCUCAACCAACCAUUUCAAAAGCCACGAAUCCUUCUCGCCAUCUCUAUUGGUGAUUGGGUGGUGUCUGUUUUAGCGUUGGCUUCAGCAUCAUCAGCAGCUAGUGUUGUAGAUCUUCUUAGGUCAAACGAUUCAGUUUGCCCUCCAACAAUAUGCAACAGAUACCAGUUUGCAGCCACAUUAGCAUUCUUGACUUGGUUCUUGUCUCUUUCUUCUUCUCUCUUCAACCUCUGGUUACUUCCUUCUCUCUGAUCAAAAAAGAUUAGAUGACAAAGACAACUAAACAAAACUAGGUAGGUAGCAAGAAACAAAAAUGUCAAUAGAAACUCAAAUCUUUGUAUUGACACUUGAUCUUAGAUUAUACCAAAAAUGAAAGUGGAAAAAAGCUUAUGUUGAAACUUGACUUAUACAAAUUGAA